AUGGCUUGGCGCUCGGCUUUGUGGCUAACCAUGCCGUGCGCCUGCCGCGCGCUGUGGGGUGCCCUGGACUCGCACGUGGGCUCUGGAGAGCAGUUGCCCUCAUGGAAGGCUGGGCACAACACGACCAAGUUGGUAAGGGACGUGAGGUGGUGGGCCCACGUGGGGGACCACGUGUACGUCGCGCCGUCGGAGAGCAACUACCUGAGCCAGCACAUCGGCGACUACUACGUCGCCAUGGGCUCCGAGAGCGCCCUCACCGACGUCAUGCGCCAGCGCCGCGUGGGCGGGCACGGGCGCUGGCACAUCUUCCACCUCCCGGAGGGGCCAGACACGAUGGAGUUCAAUCGGCGUGGCGACCGCCGCUCCGCCUUCAGCGCGCUCGUGCAGCUGCGCGCCGGGGACGUGAUGCCGGCGACCUUCCCGAAGUACAACCCGUCCGAGUGCGAGGAUUCGGCGGGUGAGCGCUUCGAUCAGAUGGAGAAGUCGGCUGUGGAUUCGAUCACGGCUGGCAGCUUCCUGGAGCAGCUCCAGAAGAUCGUGAACAUCAAGGACGACACGGGCACCAUCACUCGUAGCUACGCCAACCCAGAUGCCUCGCACGCCGCGCAGGCGUUCGUAAAGAAGGAGUUCGAGUCCAUGGGCUUGAAGAGUUGCCUUCAGAGGUUCACGUACCAGGGCACCACCCACAUGGCCAACGUGGUGGCGGUCAUCCCGGGGACUGGCGAGGGGACGCUCACUGUGGGGGCCCACUACGACUCUCGGCCAUUCAAGGGUGCCGCGCCCGGGGCGGAGGACAACGGAAGCGGCUUGGCGGCCAUGCUGUCCGUGGCCAGGGCCUUUGCGAAGCAAGGGCUGAAGCCGAAGAGGACGGUGUACUUCGUCGGCUUCGCCGGCGAGGAGCCCGGCCUCGUGGGGUCGUACUUCUUCGCCCAGACGCUCAAGGAGGGCAAGCCGCUGCCCCAGGAGUGCGGCGCGCCCGCGGGCGGCAGCUUCGUGCAGGGCAGCAGCUUCAUGCAGGACUUCCGGGCCAGGGGGGCCUCCGACCACGACGCCAUCGCCCUGGACGAGGUGGGCUGGCUGACCCCCAAGUACGACAAGGCGACGGUCAACCUGGAGUCGUACGACUGGACCACCAGCAUCAUGGACCACAUGGCCUGCGCCAGCCGCAGGCACAACGGCGACGCCCUGGAGGUUGUCCACAGCAGCCACCCGUUCGGCUCGGACCACAUGAGCUUCCUGGAACAAGGCAUGAAGGCUGUCCUGGUCAUCAACGGUGACGACGAGGCGUACCCGAAUUACCACAUGAGUUCAGACACCAUAGACAACGUUAACACCGAGUAUGCGGCCAAGAUCUCGAAGAUGGUGAUGGGGGCCGUGAUGCGCCUCGCCGGGCAGUAG